AUGUUUUGGUCCAGUAGAGUCGGCAAGAUGAUGCACAUGUGGCUAUGGUUCGGCUACGAUCUCGGAGAGUUUAUGUUCUCCGGGCUGAACAUAAGCUCGCGCUGGUCCUUCGCCAUCACUUGGAUAGUGCUGUUCUUUGUGGCGCUGCUCUUCGAGGGGUCCAAGGUUUAUUUGGCAAAGGUACAGCGCGCAGCCCAUAAGAAGCUGUACCCAUACAGGUCGGAUGAGAGGCGGAACCUCCUGUGCGAUAGGGAGCAGGGCAGCAUGGAGCCGACAACCAGUCGCAACGCCAGCUCAGGACAAGUCAGCAGGUGGGCGUCACUUAGAGUACGCGCGUUAGUGAACACAUAUCAAUCAGUGGUGUUCCUGGUGCACAACGUGGUGGGCUACCUGCUCAUGUUGGCCGUGAUGGUCUACAAUGUGCAUCUGCUACUCGCUGUGGUCUUCGGGAUGAUGCUAGGUUACUUCUUGUUUGGCACGAAGCUGACGCGGCUACAGAUGCAGUGUUUCAGCAGAAAGCGAGUCGUCAUCUGCACGCCGGAGUGUGACGAUACUGCUGAGAACACAACUCCGCCCCUACUGGAUUCCUCGCUGAGCUCGGAGUCCGACUUCUUCAUUUGCCAGACUCGCACCUGCAUCCAGCCCUCACACUACUUCCCCGCUUCCUCACAAGAGGGCAGCACCAGCGAACAGAACGCCACCUGCUUCUAUGGCGCAAAAAAAUGUCCCUCCAAGGUGGCGAGAGCUAAGAAGAUUCAGGCGUCCACAUCUCACUGCCAUCACGAGAGUGAGAAAGAAGAUAGUCCUAGUGUAGAAGAUGUCCAGCUACUCCGGACGGAGCGGCAAGGCUGCUGUAAAAAGAAGCAAGAGCCGCCACCCGAGGAGAAGUGUUGUAAGAAAGAGACGACGGUGAUAGUUCACGAGCCCAGCCAGGGCUGCUGCAAGGAUGAGAGCCCGGAGGAGCCGCGCCAGGACGCUCGCGAGAAGAGCCCGCAGAUCACCUGCUGCCACAACGCCAAGUCCGCGCCCAGCGACAGCCAGGAACAGAUCAUCAAGUGAGUGACAGACAGAGUGAAGUGACAUGAGGCUCAUGUAUUACGCGUCUCGCUGUAGUGGGUGUAUGUGCGCGCGUUUGUUGCGUCUAUAGCGUGAUCGUUCCUUGUUUUAUAUGUUUUUAGUAUUUUAUUAAAGAAAUUAAGUCUUCCAGUGAGUCUUAAUGUUGUUAGAGCGAGACAAACGUGCCCACAGUAUUCUGUGAUACCUUCUUACUAUUCUUGAUGUCUGACUGUUAGAGAGUUAAGAUUCCGACUAUGCAACACACCCAAAACAGUGGGACGUCGUAUUAGUUUAUAAUGAAUCGGUUAAUAAUGACAAAUAAGUUUUAGUAUUUUUAUUUGUACAGGAAUUAAAUAUAUUUUGUUAGUUGUAGAUUUAUAAGUUUUUUGUAUCGGCAUAUCACUAUUUUAUAUAGACUUGUGUGAGGACUAAAAGUUGUGUUUCAAAGUGUACCUGCUCUGGCCAACAUCGAGACAUGCAUUGGUGUGAAGCUUGAAUUAUUGUACAGUGCGAGAAACCAUUGCAAUCAAAAUCGAAUUUUUGCUGCGUAAUUAAUGAAUAUUAUUAUGGCCAUAUGCCACUAGUCACUGACGAUUGCAUUAAAAAUAAACCAAAACCGAAAUACAGCAGUAGAACCUUAGAUUUGUACUGUGCAAUAAAACAUAAAGUGGACUGUAACAUAUUUUUGACUGAGUUUGCCGCAAGUUGUUAUCUACGUUAAAAACACAACGCCUUUUCAAAACACACGCGGCUCUAAUUCCUUAAGUAUUUCUAAAACAUUUAUUUAAAUCUAUGUAGACUCUUUUUUAUUAUUUUUUAAAUAUGAUAUACCUGUUUAUGUUACGCGGAAUGUGUUGUAAAUGUUAAAAUGUUUUGUAAGAAUCCUUUUUCUG